AUGACUCUUCUCUCAGCAUCUUUAAUAAUGUUACUGAUAUUUUUGCACUUGGAUCCAAAAGAUGUCAGCCCCUAUCCGAUUCUCCUGGAAAACCGAAAUCCAGAUUUAAUGGCGCUAUUUUAAAAGUCACAACUGUCAUGUCCGAAUAGCCUUAGCUGUAACUUCCUCAUGGAUUCCUUCAAGGGUGGAUCAUCUUGCUUUAUGGGUGAUGGUUAUUCCAGCAAUCCUGGAAUGUACACCCCCUUAUCUGCAGACUACGGAUAUUCAGAGAUGAGAACCAUAGAGAAGCUGAGACCGUCUCCACAAACGUGUAAAAACAAUCCUGGCAGCUUGACUUUUGGAAACGUCCAGUGUGCACCAUACCUGCCCCAACGACCGACCACAUGGACCCCGGGCUCCAAAUCCAGCCGAGACCAACCUGUUGCACACAGUUUACAACCAUGUUCGUUUCCAGCAGGCAACGUCAAAGAGGAGGCGUUUUGUUGCCUUUAUCAGAGCGGCUGUGGCAAUAAGGGAAAAGAGACAACAGAGUCGAUUGCUUACAUCCGGCUAGAAGACAAUAGCCGCAGGCCUGAGAAAACUGUCCCCUCGUCUAGCGGCUGUUUCCAGACACACAGCGAGGCCAGGCCGCAACAGGGCAGCCAACAGCAGUUUCCCUCCGGCUUCUCUUCUUUGACCCACUUGGCUGUUGAUUCAACAGAAGAAGAAACGACAAUUAGCUGCAACAAACCACCGGAAAAAGCAAGAGAACUUUCAAAAUCAGUGGAGAGUCAGAGCGGAAGGGAAGAGACUGUAAAGACUGACAGCUGCUCUGAUAAUUCGGACGGAGAAUUAAAAGAUGAUAUGAACGAGACAAGCGGGAGCUGGUUAAAAGCCAAAAGUGGACGAAAGAAGCGCUGUCCAUACACAAAGCAUCAGACGUUGGAGCUGGAAAAAGAGUUCUUGUUCAACAUGUAUCUGUCUCGGGAGCGCCGCCUGGAGAUCAGCAGGAGUAUCAACCUGACCGACAGACAGGUCAAGAUCUGGUUCCAAAACAGACGCAUGAAGCUCAAGAAGUUAAGCAGGGAGAGUCGGAACAGAAUGCAUUUUUACAACUAUACCUGAGUCUUGCGCUUUAAGCAGUGGCUAAUCGCAGCACGCCAGAAGACAUAAAGACUGAUAUUUCACAUGUUGCGACACAAUCUGUCUUAAAUGUAGCGAGAUACUACUUUAAAUCUUUGGUAGCCUGUAAAUAACUCGGAGACUUACUUGGCAGAACAGUCUGAUCACUCGUGCUGCUUCUUCCCCCUGCUUAUAAACUCAGUGCUUCUUGUGCAUUGUCCAAAGUUUAAUUCCCAACAACUAAAACGAAGGAAUUAUUAGGAGAGCAAUUUAUGGCAUUUAUUGGAAAUAAAGGGGAGGGGAGACACAUUGGGGGAUGAGAGAAAGAGAUCUUAGUGCAGCUUUAAUAGAAGUGAGGACCAUAACGUUGAUUUAAAUAUUAUCCAGGUGACCACUGUAAGUCAAGGUCAUAAAAUUCUAAUGUCAGGUUCGCCCUGGAAAGCGUUGGGGGUGGAUUUUAUGAUCUGCAAAUAUAAUGUGCUGCAGCAGUAAAGAUGCGUUUAAAGGUGUGUGUGGAGGAGGGCUAACCCAGACUGCAGGAUCCAAAGCAAGGCGCUGGGCUGAAAGAAGCAUGCAGCCUCCGCCUCCGGAUUGGAAUAAUACAUGGAGCACUAUGGGCGCAUGAGAUGGAAAAAGAUGGUGGAUAAAGACAGCGACGAUUGCAUGGACAGCAUAUAACUGAAGCUUUGAGGCAAACACGUGGAUAACUAAACUAUCAAGCGGAUGUUACCUUCUGACUCAAAUAAGAUGAGCUCCAAAAACUGCUCCGUGGAUGUCCUUGAAUACAUGGCCAACUGAAAUCCCACGCCACAAGACUUCUUUGCAUCUUCUACUGUGCGCUUCAAGCAGAGCAUCUGGCCUAAUACAGGAUUAUGAAGUAACUCUGUCUAAUAUUGGACUGAGAGCAGACCCACGCGUAGAAUCUGCGGCAACUCCCGUGUCAGACCCUGUAAAACAUGUUAGGAACAAGAGGUCGUUUAAAAGUGACUGAUUUACAGCUUUUAUUGCUCUAUAAAACGCCUCUAACAUCCUUGCAAAGGGUAAUAGAAAUGUCGUGAGCAUUCUGUACAAACAGCCCAGCUCAGAAAUACAUCGUUUGAAACAAUAUUAUGCAAUGAUUGCUUUAGAAAUAACCCAGUUAAACUGUAAUCCGAUGCUGGUGGACAGUUAACAGGCACGUGGGGUAUUUGGAGAUAUUUAUUUCAGGAAUAUUUCUUGUGAGUGUCUGCAGAGGCAUGAGGGCUGUUAACAUGACAGUAAUGACCACCUCUUUAGUAAUGUUUAUGUGGAAUAAACAUGCCAACAGGAGCUUCAGAACACAGUGACAUAUGGAUAGUCCUCUGCUUGAAAAUAUAUUUUUUUGAAAGUUAAAAGUUAAAUCUCUAUACAGUUAGUGUCAAAUGUUACCAUGUGAAAUUCAGCAAAGAUAAGAAAACAAACUGUACCAUAGACAUGCCACAAACCAUAUUUUUCUUAUUUAAUUGCUCAUCAUUGCUGUGUAUUUGUUCAUGUUAGUCCUGUUGAUAUGUUUCCAGUGACCUUUGCUCUACUCAGAGGCUUUACUGUACUACAAGGAAUCUCCUUUAGCUUUAUUAUGACACAUGUUAGCUAUGUGCUGUGGACAUUUGACCAUGCAGGUCUUUCUUGGCAGCUAGUUAAAAAAAUUAAAAAUGUGAAACAUGCAAAAACAAAGGCAAAUCUAAAGACUAUUUUUCCAUCACCUUGACUUGUCUGCUUCUU